ACAAUCCGAAAAAACGAGGACUCACACACAUCACAGCACCCACCUUCUUUAAUAGGGUUUAUUUUCUGAAACUAUCAUCUUCUCACACUCUCACUCACAAAUUAUUUUCAAUAAAUGAUAAUUUAAUUAAUCGAACACUCCUCCAAAUUUCCUCUUCUCAAUCUCUAGGGUUCGUUUUCGGAUUCUCUCUAUCGCUUGUUUUGCUUGAAGAUUAUAUGUAUGUGGCAAAGAUUUGAUAUUAGCUCUAAAUUUGGCGGUUGUAUCAUCGUUUAAGUUUUAACAGUGGAGAUGUAUGGGCAAGGGAGUUAUAAUUCUCAGUUUGGGCGGGGUCCUAACACACCUGUGCCACCACCAUACCAACGGCAGCAGCUGCCUGGUCCUCCUCCUCUUCCUCCUAAUUUCCAACCAGGCAAAGCAGCUCCACCUCCUUCGGUAAUUCAACCCGGCCCUCCCAUGUAUCAACACGGUUUUCCUGGCCCACCUCCUGGGGUUUGCCAAGUUCCACCUCCCAGUUCUGUGCCUAACACUAGCCAAUCUUAUGCUGCUUCGCACUUAGGCCCCCCGAAUGUGCAUCAUAUGCCAUCAUCAGUACUUUCUCAUCCUCCUAGAGUAUUACCUCCCCCACCUCCUCGGCCGACAAUGUACAGUGCUCCUGUGCAUGUGCAGUCUCAGCAGCCUGGUGGUGUGCAAGAUCUUCAGCGUAUUCCACCGCCUCCUCCCCCCCAACCUACUUCUAGCUUUUUCACUUCCAGUUCAUUUGGAAGUUAUGUAAAGUCAACUGGUGGAAACUCUCAUCCUUCCAUUGCUCCCUUCCCAGCACCACUUCCACCUUCUUCGCCUCCACCAGUUCCACCUUCUCCACCCUCAUCAACCUCUCCGUUGUCUUCUAUGCAUCACCAAGUUGGUUCCAACUUGACCAGUUUCAAUGAACCAUCUAGCUCUAAAUUGAGUACUUCAAGUUCUGUUGGUAAAAAUUUAGCUACCAAUGAGGGCAAACACGUUCGAGAUGUAACUAACAGUGGGUACAUAAAUCAGGAAGGUUCUCUAGUUGGAGAUAGUUCAUCAUUAGGGGGCCAUGUGAUAUUUGAUCUUCCUCCACCUCCACCUAUCCCACGAGAAGGAAAAGUUGUUCAGAAGAUUGAAGAAUUAUGCAAGCUUAUUGCUAAGAAUGGUCUUGGAUAUGAAGAUUUUGUUCGCCAAAACGAAUCUGGAAAUUCAGAGUUUCAAUUUUUAUUUCCUGGUGAUCCAGGAAGUGAAGCUGCAAUUGCUCAUGAGUAUUACUUGUGGAUGAAGAAGAAAUAUAUUUUGUUUGGUAAAUUGAACGAAGAAAAAAUUGAUUCACGGCUGAAGCCUUUGGUUCCCUUUUCAAGUCAAACUGAUAGUUUGGUGGUUGCACCUGGAUCUAUUUCACCUGCUGAUUCGGACAUGGAGAUGGAAGAUGAUAUCACCCAGUCUGUCAAUGACAAGGGGGGGAAUUUACCAGCUGAAGGUGCAAACAACGAGUUUGAAAUGGUUACCUGUGGGCUUGAUGCAAAAAAGCAGUUACAUGUACAGCAGCUGUCAACACCUGGAGAAGUCUCAUUCUGUAGGUUUGCCGGGGAAAAGGUUGUUUCCAGUAAUGACCAAUUAGCGAUCGAGAGGCCACUUUCAAGAAUUUGUAGCCCAGUGAUCAAUUCUGUUGAUGUCUGGCCCUCUGCUAGCAAUUUGAAGAAAUCUGCCACACUCUUAGCUCAUGACAAAAUUGCACCUGGGGUUUCUGGAGCUGCUGAUGGACUUAACCCGGAAAAGAAUUCUUCUCAACUUAUAAAAGGUGUUAGCCCAUUUAGACUUUUACAAGAGUAUGCUUCUGAUGAUGAAUGUGUUGGUCCUAUAAAGGAUUCAUCAUCCCUUGCCGUUGGAGCUACAAGUCUUCUUACAGGUACCAAGAGUCAGUACGAAACUGAAAGUGGGUUUGGGCUGCACUCAGGAUUGAAUGUGUUUAAUAAAUCUGCAAAUUUUCCUGAAGUUUCAAGAACAGAGGUUAAGGAAAACGCCACGGCAUCCCUUGCCAGCGAGAUAACUGGUGAACAGGUUGAUAAGCAUGAAAAACAAGCAUCUAUCAGUCAUGUUGAAUCUCCUCAAGCUUUGCGGGAAAAAGAUCACUCGGAAGGGGCUUGUGUUGAAGCUUCUUUAAGUGGUAAGUUCCAGAAGGAAAAUGAGGAAAAAGGUGCAAAAUCUGCUUCCAAUUUGCCUAAAGUAGACAAAUUCGGGAGAUUGGUCAGGGAGGGUGCUAGUGACAGUGACUCUGAUGAUCUAAGUUAUAAUGGGAGACAAAAGAAACGAGGCAGAAGUCGAAGCCGAUCACCUCUUGAUAGGCGGAGGAGGAGGAGUCCACGGAGGAGAAGGGAGAAACGAAGUCGAUCUCGCAGCUGGUCUCCCAGAAAUCGAAGAAGCAGGAGCAGGUCUCCUAGAAAUCGGAGAAGCAGGAGUAGGUCUCCCAGAAAUCGAAGAAGCCGGAGCAGGUCUCCUAGAAGGCGAAGAAGCCGGAGCAGGUCUCCUGUUUCUAGGCAUGUUGGAGAUUUCAGUGGUGACAGCAUGAGACGGGAAAGGGGCCAGAUUCCAGAGUGUUUUGACUUCCGUCGAGGCAGGUGCUACCGUGGAGCAUCUUGUCGGUAUUUGCACCAUGAUUCUGACAAGGGUGAGGGAUCAAAGCGCCACAGGAGCAAACAACAGUACUUGGAUGUUCCACCUAUUCCAGAGAACUCUAAUAUACAUGAAGACAUGCAGCAUAACUUAUCAAAAGCAUCAGAUAAAGUGCAUGAUGAAGUCAAGAUUACAGAAAUGCAACACCGUCAAGAUGUGCCUGGUAGCAGCUCUGGUCGAUUAAUUGAUUCUCACAGAAUUAAAUCUGGAAGCUCUAGAGAGGCUGCUGCCAAAGUGUCAGAAACACAGUUUCUUGAAGGGCAGACAGAAGUGCCCACUCUCACUAAUAAGAUAUGGCAGGAGUCAUUUGAGUCUCAACACUUAAAGUUGGUGGUUCGUUUUCCUCCCUAUGCUUCUAAAAAAGAGCUUCCUCUGGAGAAAUCUGUGGUUGAGCAAUCUCAACCUCAUCUAUCAGAACCAGUGCCUCAAAAUCCUGAUUGCCCUCGUCAGCUGACAGAUAACUCUUCUGUUUCAGAUUUUGCUCCAGAACAAACAUCCAUGACUACAGUAAAUAAGUUUCCUGUUAAUGAAGCUUUACAAAAUACAGAAAACUUUAGGCAUCAUUCUCCUCAGCUGCCUCCUCCUCCUCCCCCACUCUCACAGGGUAUAACUGCUCAACAUAUGACCCAGCCUCCACAGGAUGCAUCCUUUCCGCACCAAUCAACUUCUGGGGAAAGGUUUCCUUCUUAUAUGUUGCCCAACCAACCAUCUCAUUUCUCUGUAUCAUCAGUUGCCUCUUGGACAUCAUUGCCACCCCCACCACCAGGAGUUUCGACACAGUUACAGCAGAGUCACUUGGCUCCUAGGGAUGGUUCUCAAUUUAUUCCAAAACCAUACACUGCUGAAUUGCCUACUUCUUCUCAGGUUGGUGAUUUUCAGCAGCGAGCAUACUCCUCCAUGCAGGAGAGUCAACGAUCACUCUCACAUGCAGAAGACUAUAAAUUAAAGCCUCUGCCCCCAUACAACUUGACACAACUUCCUAUGAUGGGUACAAGUGUUUCUUCCUUUUCUCAGGGUAAAAAUCAGCCUCUACCUUCGUCCUUUUCACUGGAAUUACCUGCAAACAGAAUGCAAAAUUUUCCUGGUGACAAAUUGCCUCCAGGCGAACGUAUAAAAUCAGCUUCUCAGAUUCAUCCUUACCUGCAGCAACAACAGCCACCGUAUGGUUUGCCCCAUCUGGCAGCUGCCAAUUCCUCUUCCACAUAUCCACCAGAUCUUCAGGAAACAAAUCAGUCAUCUCACCUGCCUGAUUUGAGAGGAUCAAGAAAUUCCACUCACUAUGGCCCUUACACAUCUACUUUGGAGCAGCCACCAAGCUCCAAAUUCAGUUCUGAUGUUUUGAGGCAAGAGCAAGACCCAAGCCACUUUAAUAGGCAUGCUGCUGCUUUCGGUUUGAGCCAUGGUCAAGUUGAUGGGCAAAAUAUUGGCAGUACCUUAUCAAGACAGGCAACUUCCUCACCAAAUUCAUCGAGGGCUGUCGGACAGAAUUUUCCUAGGUCUGGUGGUGACCAGUACGAUCCACUUCUUGACAGCAUUGAUCCAUCUUCAAACUUGUCCAAAUCCAAGGAAUAUAAUAAUGCUCAAAAGUUGGAACCCAGCAGUGACUCUGACAUCAUGUUAAGGCACAGUGGCUCGAACAAACCAUUGGAUGUGGAAGAAAACAACAGGAAGAAAGAGGUUGGGGGUGUUGAAGUUGCAACUUCUGUGGAUGAUGAGGAGUAUGGUGAGACUGCUGAUGCUGAAGUGGGGGCUGUUGAGAAUGAGAGCCCAAGCAAUCCUAUUCAUGCAGCCAGCAUUCCUGCGGGUGAGAUUGAGAUUGACCAGAUAAAGUCCCCGGGGAAGAGCAGGAAGAAUAAAGAGUCCCGAUCAAUGAAGCUCUUUAAGGCUGCCCUUGCAGAUUUUGUAAAGGAGGUUUUGAAACCGUCUUGGCGGCAGGGUAAUAUGAGUAAGGAAGCAUUCAAGACCAUUGUCAAGAAGACUGUUGAUAAGGUCUCAGGAGCCAUGAAGAGUCAUCAGAUACCCAAGUCUCGUGCAAAGAUAGAUCAAUACAUUGACUCUUCGCAGCGGAAACUCACAAAACUUGUCACGGGCUAUGUUGAUAAGUACGUCAAAAUGUGAACAUUAGUAAGUGUUAUUAUCCCAGGCAAGAACUACAGAUAAUUUGCCAAUAUUUUUGACAACGAACACAGUGGUGCGAGGAUGGAUGAAAAAUUUUUAGUUCAUUGAUAGAAUAUUGUUUCUUUGUUGUAAAGUUUGUACCCGAUACAUUCAGGUCGAGUUCUUGGCAGCUUUUUUCCAACCUCAGCCGAGUGCUGAGGAAGUACCAAAACAUGUAUGUAUGUUUCUUUGAAAAUGAAGAUGGUGGCUUUGUUUGGUGUA